UGUAUGACCCUGACCACUGUACUGUAACCCAGUUUCACAAAUGUACAUGUCCUCCGGCCGCUAUGAGGCGCUGUGGGGCGUGUACACGAGGAAAUAAACGCGCUGACAUUGAACCGGCUACAGGAGGAACCUCUAACAGCAGGCUGUGUGUUAACAUGAGAUUGUGGAAUACAGGAAACAUCCUUACUCUUGGCCACGUGUUUCCCCGCAGUGAUUAAACUGCUCGCUGAUGCGUAAUGCUCCCUUCGGCCAAGUGUACGCACACAAUCCAGUGUGAAGAGAAAGACAGAGAUGAAGAUUCCACCAGCCCUCGAGCCGUUCAGACUGGACUGCUGAAGGCACUUUAUAUGUUCACUCUUCCUCAAGUGCAUGCAGCUGUUGAUCCACAGUCAGGUCUUCAGUCUUUACCAAAACAUGUGGGCAAGCCAGAGUUUCCAGACACAGGAUGGGAUCGCAUUAAAGACCUUUUCAACCAAGGAAACGGACAGAUGUACCCAGAAGAGGUGAGGAACGUGGCUAAGAGUGCUCUGACAGCGGCCUUGGUGGGACUGUUGUAUGGAGGCCUGCCUGGAGCCCGACAUGCACGUGAAAGAUUCAUCCAUCUGAGUCAAGCCGAGAUCUACCGCAGCAGAGUGGAUGCAGUGCGUUCGGCUCAUAAUGCGGCCAUCAGGGGCUUUGUGCGAUACGGCUGGAGGUGGAGCUGGAGAGUCGCCAGCUUUGUUACAAUUUUCAACACUAUCAGUACAGGCAUUUCUGUGUACAGGGACAGUAACGCCUUGAGCCAUUUUGCCGUGGCUGGGGCUGCAACUGGAGGUGUGUUCCGGAUGAAUCUGGGCCUCAGAGGAUUGGUGGCAGGAUCGGCUAUUGGAGCUGCAUUGGGUGUGCCUGCUGGGGCGUUAAUUGUUGGGCUGCAGAAACUGGGAGGAGAGACCAUGCGUGAAAAGCGAAGACGGGAACGAAGAGAACUGUAUGAGCUAAGGGUGGCUGAAUGGAACGCACGACUACAGCUAACGGACAAUAUAGUUAGUGAAUUUAGUGGCCGGGACAAAGACACAGAAGGUGACCUUCAGCGGAUCGAAGAGCUCCUGAGUCAACCAAGGAACAAAGAAUCUGCAGAGGAGUCUUAACCAUUUGAAUUAUAAUGACUGGAUAUUUCCAAUAUAACUUCUAAUGCUCACAAAUUUACGUUGGAUCUUCAGAUGGAAGAUUUAUUUAUAGGAUUUGGGCUUGAAGCUGAAACGGUUGAUCGCAGACAAACCAGAAACCACGUACAGUAGCACAUCAUGAGCUAGAUGUUUUUGUAAUUUGUACAGCAAAGUUCACUUCUGUCUGGUGUUUUACAUUGUUCAGAAUGUUCAUCUACUCAUUAAAAAAAACAUGAAUGUAA